AACAGUGAACUGAAGUUGAAAUGUUUUCAUGAUAUUUCUGCCACAACAAAGUACUACAAGCAGAAGUUAAACCGACACUGAAUGAAAUAUUUUAACUUAAUAUAGCUUAGCGUAAUGAGCAAAAGGUCUAUGAGUAAUGAAAAUCAAAAUGAGAUUUCAAAACCUAAAAAACAUUGGUCAAUGGGCUUAGUAGAAUCCAUGAAAGAUGCAGAGUUGAUUUAUAAGGAUACUGAACGGAUUGUGGUUAUUAGAGACAAAUAUCCUAAGGCUAAGAUUCAUUUUCUUGUGUUACCAAAAGAUAACAUAAGCAGCAUUUAUAAAUUAACCAGUAAAGAUGUGGCUCUCUUAGAAGAAUUUGGUGAAAUAUUUAAACUGAUACAAAAAGAACAUAAAGAUCACCUUAAUGCUGGUUUCCAUGCAGUACCAAGUAUGCAACGGCUUCAUAUGCAUAUAAUCAGUAAAGACAUGGUGUCCCCAUGCUUAAAAACUAAAGUGCAUUGGAAUAGUUUUACUACAGCUUUAUUCAAACCUUAUAAUGAUGUCUUAACCGAGUUAAAACAAUAUGGAGCUAUUAAAGAAAUUGCUAAUGAAAUGUAUAAAACAUUAAAAACAGCACCACUAAAGUGUAAUCAAUGUAGUUAUGUACCUAAAAAUAUACCUCAACUUAAAGAACAUUUAUUAACUCAUGUAUAACUUGAAGAAACUUCUUAAAUAAAAUUUUGGCUUUGGAAAGUAUAAGUGUCCUGAGGUAUUUUAAAUCUCAGUAUAAAGGGACAAUAAAUAAUGUGAGACGGUCAUAAUUUCUUUUUAUUUUCAAUAUAGUGAACAUACUGGAUUUGUAAGUACAAAUAAAGAGAUUAUUGCUACAUAUACAUAUAUUAUACAGACCUAUGAUAAUGGAAAGAAUCUUUUAAAUGCCAGUGGGGCUGGACAAAGAGCAUUCGCUUCGAAGCAAUUCCAUAACAAACACCCAAAAUGUAUGGAACUGACUAAAACGUUUGAAGUCAUGAUUGUCGCGCAUCAGUUCCAUGGAGCGAAUGCUCUUUCUCUAGCCCCGCUGUUCUGUCCUAAUUUCUCGGAAGUGUUCCCUUCUAUAAUAUUGAUUUUUUUUUAAGAAUUAACUUCCAUUAUUACUUUGCUAUAAAGAUAUGAUUCUUUGCACUG